UUCUGACAUUUUGGUAAUCAUCUUCGCUCGGAACCAUGACCGAGAGAGCGAAUCCCAACCCCUCAUUCGACCGACAUUGGCCGCGGGGUCAUCCGCCCUCCACCGCGGGGCAUCUAGCUUCGGAGAAUGGGAGAACUAGACCCGAACGACAGUAAUUGAUAAAUAGGUAGACCAGGCGCCGUUGUUGCAGUUUUGAACGAAGUCCAGGAGUUGAGAAGUUUAAAAACCCCAAAAGUGAACCACCACAACCAAAAGCCAAGAUGACAGUCGCACCUCCCAACGGUGUCUUCGUUCCCGUCCCAACCUUCUUCAAAGCGGCCUCCGAAUCGAACUCGCUCCAAGCCGCAGUUGACGUCGAGACUCAGAUUGCGCAUAGUGUGUUCCUCGCCAAAAAUGGCGUCCGUGGUCUUGUUCUGCUGGGCUCAACCGGUGAGGCGAUCCACAUGUCGCGUCAAGAGCGCUUCGACAUGGUGUCCGGCGUGCGCAAGGGGUUGGAUGAUGCCGGGUUCCCAGACUACCCCAUCAUGGCUGGGACGCUAGUCAACAGCGUGGACGAGACACUAGAGUGGCUCGAGGACUUCAAGAAGGCUGGCGCGCAGUGGGGGCUGGUGCUUGCGCCGGGGUACUUUGGGGCUGCGGCGUCGCAGGAGGGUAUUCGGGAAUGGUACAAAGUUGUUGCGGAUCGGUCGCCGCUUCCUGUUUUGAUAUACAACUACCCGGGCGUAACAAACAACGUCAUGGUAACGCCUGAAGACUACCGCGUCCUCGCCCAACACCCCAAUAUCGUGGGCUGCAAGAUGUCCCACGCCAUUGUGUCCUAUCACAACCAAGUAUCCCUCGACCCGCAAAUAGACCACAGCAAGUUCAAAGUGUACAGCGGUCUCGGCCAGCAAUUAGGUCCUAUUGUGAUCUUCGACGCGGCCGGUGUCAUCGACGGACUGGCAGCUAUCUACCCGAAGACUGUAUGCACGCUGAUGAAGCUCGCCGAAAGAGAGGAGUUCGACAAAGCGGCACUGAAGAAGAUCAAGGAGCUGCAGUACACAGUCAGCACAGCGGAGAACUUCAUUGGCAAGUACGGUAUUGUGGGCAUCAAGGAGGCUGUGAAGCGUGUCACUGGAUUCGGCACAAUGGAAGGCGGGAGAUUGCCGCUCAAGGGAAAGCUGCCAGAGGGCGAGUGGGAGAAGUGGAGCGAAGUGUGGGAGAGAAUACAGAAGACGGAAGACUCAUUGACAGAGGCCGACUUCAAGUGAUCAGUGAGUUGUAGUAAAUGAGUAUUCUUCAGUUUUAUG